AGAAUCUCAGCCCGCGUCCCGAGAUCGACUCUCCGUUUGUUCAUGCUGUGGGGAACACGUUAAAAAAGAGUUUAGUCUCCUCACUCCCUUCACUAACGCAUCAGUCACACUCUUGACGACCAGAGUGGACAGUGAGGCACCAUAGAAACACGGUGCGUACAGAUUUUGGACAGGACAACUGCAAAACAAAGUUGAAUAAUAUCAAAACAACCAACUCCUUCGCCGGCAGGGGGAAGGGGGAGAGAGAGAACAGACUUAUGAAAAAAAUUUGUCUCGCCGGUGCUCAGACACUACCAAACACCGGUAUCGAGUGCGUCGACGGACGGUCCGGGUGAAUCGUUAGUAACAAUUUCAUUGUUUUCCUUUGAAUUUGAGCAUUAUCCAUCUCAUACAUUUUCAUUUGCGUAUGAAAUUGGAGGAGUCUUGAAUUCAUUUGGAAAUCAAGUUGUUUUUGUCCUACUUUUGAUCAGUAAGAUUUGAGAUCUGAGACAUUUUUUGGUUAUCCCCGUGUUGUGAAUCGUUAAAAUGUGUCUGUGGAAUACGUAAAUCUGAAGUAAUCGGGAGGGACAUUGUAGGGAUUGUCCUCUUGUUACCGGGAGACAAGAGCAAUGGUGUUGAUUAGGAGUGCAAUCGCGGCUGUGCUGCUUUGUCAUCUUCUUCAUGGGGCGCUCGGCAAUGGUCAUCAGAAUGAUGACUUGGUCUUUGAUUCAGAGGGAAAACAAACAUCAUUUUCAGUACCAAUAGUUGAGAAAACUGCGGACACAUUCUUCAGCAGAGUGAAAAGGCAAUUUAAUUUUUUCGAUUGGCUUGCACCAACGACGACCACCACAGCAGCUCCAGAUACGGAGCCCACAACCGAAGCUACAACAGAAUUGGUUUAUGAUACCACGACGCAGCAUCACCGUAAUGCCAGGAACAGUCAAGAAGUUACUGGUGAUUCCAAUCAAGUCAACGGAAAUAUUGACAAUAAUAAUGAUGCGACUAAUGAUAUUGAAGACACGGCGUCAAACCAACAACUUGAUUACGAUAAUCUUGAUGAUGAAGACUUUGCGGCUGGUUCCGGAGAUGUUGAAGGAAGUGCCACUGAGGAUAAAAGACAUAAAACCACACAUGGAGAGGGAGUAAGGGAACCAAAGUUCUACCGAAUCACUGUGACCGUACUAGAACCGUACAUCGCUGAUUACGCUGACACGAGGAGUUCUCAUUACAUACAGUUGAGCAAAAAUUUGACUCAGGCACUCGAUGAACUGUUGUCUCGACACAUUCCCAACCAUGAUCAUGUUGCUAAUGUCAUUAAAAUAUUACCGACUGAUGAUCCGUUUACUUCUGAAGUGCUACUGGACAUUGGGUCAACUACGCCUUACGAGUCUCACGUCCGAGAGAUCCUGGAAAAACAGUUGCAGUUGCAUACCGUAGGAAAUAUUCAGGUGUCGCCUGAAGGAUUCACAUUCCGUGGCUUCGCAGAAUGUUCCGAGCACACUCAACUUAGAUGUAGAGACGGUACUUGCGUGCCUCUAAGUACACGUUGUGAUGGUGUACCCCAGUGUCCAGAUCAGUCCGAUGAAUUGGACUGUACACCCAAAACAACCGAGGAAACUCGCACUGACGCAAAUUAUGACAAACACGAGCAUGCAGGUAAUCCGUCAACAACUAAUGACACACUCAAACACAAAGUUGAACCGACACCUCCCUCUGGAAACAAUUGUCGUGGCGAUGACGCAGUUCCCUGUAAAGAUGGAAGUAGAUACAUUUGUUCAGUACAAGAAUGCGAUGGUAUUCCUGAUUGUAACGAUGGUGCUGAUGAGGAGGGUUGCGGUGACAGUUGCGGAAGAGAUGAAUUCUCUUGUGACGUCAGUCGGUGCAUUCUGCAGAGACAACGCUGUGAUUUUAUUCCAAAUUGUGACGAUGGUAGUGACGAGAGGAACUGCAACUAUCCCGCUUGCACCCAACAACAAUUCCGGUGUCGAAAUCACCAGUGUAUAAAUACCCGACUACGAUGCAAUGGAAUAAAUGACUGUUACGAUAAAUCGGAUGAGCUCAACUGCCCCUGCAAAGACAGUGAAUUUGAAUGCGCCGCUGGCUUUUGCAUUUCAAAACAUCGGAGGUGCGAUGGAGUUAACGAUUGCUCGAAUAAAAGGGAUGAGGAGAACUGCCCCAACAACAAACAGUGUAGAGCAGAUGAGUUCGAUUGUGGGGGCGGCCAUUGUAUCAAUGGUACAGCGAGGUGUGAUGGCCGCAGUGAUUGUCCAGACCGUUCCGAUGAGAGAAAUUGCAGCGGAACGACAUGCAACAGCGAUCAAUUUCGUUGUCUUGAUGGUUCCUGUGUGGGAAUAGACAAGAGAUGUAACGGCUACAAGGACUGCAGGAAUGGCGAGGACGAGAGUCACUGUGGUUGUGGAGUUGCUGGUGAGUUUCGCUGCAGCGACGGCCAGUGCAUCGAGCAGAAUUUGCAGUGCAAUGGGUUUAAUGACUGCCAAGAUGGAUCGGACGAGCGUGAUUGUGAAUAUAUCAUCCAGGGUAAACAUAACGAAAUGCACAAGUUCAACAGAAAAACCAUCAAUCGCUCUCGAAAACACGACAAGAAAUAUCGUAAACAAAGGCGAAAACAAGUUAAAAAUCGUCAUUGGGAAUUCAAGUCGAAUCUACCCCAUAGUGGAAACCACAUCGCGAACCCCUUGUUGGAAGCAUUUCCACAAUUAUCCACCCCAAAAGAAUUAAAAAACAACUCAUUAAACAACAACAAUUGGAAACUUAUUCCUAUCUUCUUCAAAAAUGAAACUAAACUGCAUAAUGGAACCAAUGUGUUAAAUAAUUCGAUAGAAACUUAUGGUACUAACGUUUCGAAAAAUUCAAUUAUGGAGGCUUACUCCGCAACAAACCUCACAACAAUAAAACUCGGUGAUGUUCAGUCGAAAAUUUCUGACGCUCAGGAUUACUUAAAGUACUUAAAUCAUAAGAUAGAAGAGCGUAAUAAAAGUCAACAUACGCCGUUAAAAAAUUAUCGAAGCACUUUUGCAAAUGGCGACAACAAUGAAACUAAGUGGAACAGCAUUAUUGAGAAGUUGAAUCAGAGCAGUGUUAUUUACAGUUAUUUGAAGAAGCAAAAUCUUCUAAAAUUACCAGAAACAUCAAGCAAGUUAAUUGAUGUUGUACCAUUCACUUCGAAAGUUGGUCACAUUCCUCUGACAAAUCAUAUUAACGAAUCAGCCUCGUAUAAUGGAGAUGGCAAGUUAAAUAACUUUGAUGACUGGAAAUACCAGUUAAAUAGUACGCGAAAAGAUUGGAAUGAAUUCAUCACGACAAAAAAUAGCAUUAAUAAAUCAGUUUCACUUAAAACGACCAGGACUGAGAUCGGUGCUGCUAUGAAAGAUAAAUUCAAUCAAUCGGACGUAAUGUCCUUAAAAGCAGAAAAUAUGUUCUCUACGAUUGGACAAAGUGAUGAAACAAAAGCUAUUUUGGAAAAUACUGUUGACCCGAAAAUUAAAGAGUUGAACAACUUUAUUGACGGUGAAAAUAGUUCGUCGAAACUCAGUGAUGGCAUGAUUCGUACUACUAUAGAAAAAUUGAGUGGUAAUUCCCUCAAUUCUCCGAAAAUAACUACUCAAACUGAACGACUCCUACUCAAAAUUGGUGACGAAUUCUCGCGCCCAGGUCAGACUCAUUUGAAACGAGGUGAUAGUAAAAUUAGCGCUAACCAUUCUGUUCUAUCAAUAUCGACAGAGGCUAUUCCCACAGUAGCAAAUGCAAUUGAAGGGGAAAUUGAUGAUAUGAAGAAAGUGUUGAUACCGAUCUUUAAUAAUAAAUCAAUUACCAAGGAACGGCCAAAACUUACUCAUUAUUUUCAGCAUCAUAAUGUGACAAAAAAAAAUAAAUUACCCAAAAAACUUUCCUCUGAGGACAGACCAACAGAUGCAACCAAGGCUAACAAAAAUGAAAGUAAGGAGGCAAUUCGAAAUACAAUCGAGAAACCUAAGGAGGCAUUGUUACCAAAAAAAUCUGAACUGAAUGGUCCACGGCUUGAAUCAUUACGAUACCAAAGCAAUAACUCCUCAGUAUCGUUGCCGAUAAAUAUAACAAUUAUGGAAAUUGGUCCACACUGUACGAUCAAUUGUGGCACUGAUGCGGGAUUAUUGGACUCGGAAGAAUCAAUCAAUGUGACUCGGAAACCUUUGCCUAAAGCGAAGGCAUCGGACUCUGGAGAGGAAGUAAUUGAUGGUACUAAGGACAAAAAUAAAGAACCAAAAUCCAAGAAGGUCAAAGUAACUGGAAAGAAGAAUCAAGAUCAAAACGGUAGUAAAAAAAAUGGAGAGAAGAGGAAACAUCGUGGAGAAAAGGAAGGAAAGCGAAACAGGAAGAAUCUACCGAAGGACAAGAAGAAGAAGAUGAAGAAGAAGAAGAAGAAUACUACAAAAAAUGGCAAUGAGAGGCAUAAAACCAACCAAUCAUCAACUGUAGCUUCUUUUCCUGCUCCUUCUGAGAAUUCUACCAUCGAUUCUUCAAUUCUGAAUACAAAAGAUUCAUCUUCAACUGAGUCAAUAGCUCCAGAAAUGUCUUCACAAUCGUCUGUUCCAAUGAAUGGAACGAAACCAAUUUCUACAAAGAACUGUACACUUUCCGAGCGGUUAUGUACAGAAGAGCCAGAAUCAACAGAAUUUAAUUUAAUAAAAUCCACGACUUCUCCUCCUGAAAUUAACGCUAAUAAUUCUAUUGAAUCAACAUCCGAGCAAGUAAUUUCCGGUCCUGAUUCCAACGAUUGCAACGGUAUUUCCGAAUGUUCGGGUGAAAAAUAUAAUACAACGGACCCUCCAGAAAUUCCAGAGAAUACAUAUCAAGAUAAAGUCACUGAGAUCCUGACUGACAAUGUUGAGGAAAUCGAAACCACACCAUCAAUAUCGAUAUCGGAAAAAUCAUCACAUCUUGAAUUUAUCAAUAAUAACGUAACUCCACAAGUCAAUUACGCCACGGAGUUUAGUGCCUUUGAAUCGAAGGAGACGUAUAAAAAUGUGUUAUCGAAUACUCCCUCCGAUGAAGACCAAUUUCAGAGAAAAUUAGUGAAGAUUCCACAACCUGUGUUUUCCGAGGAGAUCGUGAAUAUGCCGGCUACAACGAUGGAAAAUUCCUUGGCAUUGUCAGGAUUCUCUUUGGCGGAUCUGGGAUUCACAGGUGAUAAAAAUCACGAAGCUACUGUAAAUAAUGGAAUAAAAAACAGUCGAGCAACAACUGAAGAUCCCGAUUAUGGCCCUUGCGACGCUGAUCAACACUUUUGUGACAGCAAAAUUUGCCUCACAGAGGAACAAAUCUGCGAUGGAGUCCAUGACUGCCGGGACUUGUCUGACGAAGAAGAGUGUGAUUAUUAUAAUGCUGUGAAGAUAGAUCUGAUUGACACUAUUCCUAAUCAGAUUGUUAGCUCCACAUCAAUCUCACGUACUACUGUCAGUCAAAAUCUAAUUUUGCCCUGCGACGUAUUGACUGAAUUCACAUGUGCUAAUGGUUCAUGCAUACCUAAAAGACGUGUGUGCGAUGGAUUUCAAGAUUGUCAACAUGGAGAAGACGAACAUAAGGCUGCUUGUCAAUAUCCAUCAGGUCCAGACCGGGGCUGCACGAUCGCACAGUUCAGAUGUGCUACUGGGGGCAAGUGCAUCGAAGAGAUCUACAAGUGUGACGGUCACUCAGACUGCCCUGACAGAAGUGAUGAGAUCAACUGCAAUCAUACGACCACCAAAAAUAAUACCAUUGACAGCGUCUCGCAUACCAAUGGUAGCAGUUGGGUAACAUCGAGACCUACGGAAUGUGAUCCCAGAACCGAGAUGCGAUGCAGUGAUGGUAAAUGCAUACCGUUGACUCUUAAAUGUGAUGCUAUACCCGAUUGUGAUGACUACAGCGACGAACGCGACUGCGGAAAAUGCGAAAUUAACGAGUGGCGAUGCGCCAAUGGCCAAUGUAUACCAGAAAUUAACAGGUGCGAUGGACAGAUUCAAUGUCGUGAUGGAUCUGACGAAGAGAUUUGCGUUAAUGAAUGUCCAUCGGGAAUGUUUCGAUGCAACGACGGACUCUGUCUCGACGAGCGCAGACGCUGCGAUGGAGAGCUUCAGUGUAGUGACGGAUCGGACGAGAUCAAUUGCCAUGGACUCUAUUGUCCCGAAGGUCAGGCUCCUUGCUCCAAUGGUGCUUGUAUUUCUAAACAAUUUUUCUGCGACAAAACUAUCGAUUGUCUUGACGGGAGCGAUGAGAAAAAUUGCCCGGGCGGUGCACCUUACCCACCAUCAAGCGGGUGUAGAGCAGAUGAGUACACGUGUCACGAUUCCACCUGCAUACUACAGUCAGCAGUUUGCGAUGGCAUACAAGACUGUUCGACGAAUGAGGAUGAACUUGACUGCAGACGAGGAUGUGCUGGAGAGCAAUUCCAAUGUGCUAAUGGUGAAUGCGUCGAGGAGAAACAAAGAUGCAAUGGAGUUUAUGACUGUGUUGAUGGUACUGACGAGGAUAAUUGCAGUGUUGAAACAACAACAACACCCUCAAGUAGUCGUCACUGUUCUCCCGAACAAUUCACUUGCCGCACAGACCGGACCUGUGUACAUUACUCAUCUCGUUGCAAUGGUAUCCCGGAGUGUAGAGAUAAAUCGGAUGAAGAAGGAUGCGCCACCGGUGAAGUUGAGGGCCUUAAUCUGAAGACUUACCCGAGUGAGCAGAUAAUCAAAGAAAACCCAGGGAGUCAAGGUAAAGGUCGUGAGGUGGUGUUCCAAUGUCGUGACGAGGGACCUCUUCGAGCAGCAGUCCGCUGGAUUCGUGGCAACCAUCUUCCGCUGCCACCAGGCUCCCGUGACAUAAAGGGUCGCCUUGAGAUUCCUAACAUUCAAAUGGAGCACGCCGGCAUCUACAUUUGCGAAGCCGUAGGCUAUCCCCCAUCGACCCCUAAUCAACGAAUAACAGUUCACCUGGAAGUGGAAAAAUUCGAGCCUCCAGCAACGCGUCCCCCUCAAGUCUGUCAAUACAACGAAGCUACUUGCAGCAAUGGCGACUGCAUUCCAAAAUCCUUCGUCUGUAACAAUAAAUUCGACUGCACAGACGGCUCCGAUGAAAUGCGUUGCAAUCCCCACGGCUGCGAGCCCAACCAAUUUCGUUGCAAGAGCAAAGAAUGUAUUCUCAAAAUUUGGAGAUGCGAUGGUGACAAAGACUGUACCGAUGGCAGCGAUGAGGAGAACUGUGGCACUCCCCCGCCAGGUUCAGUGUGCAGAGCUGACGAAUACCAGUGCCACAAGUACGAUCAGUGUAUUCCAAAGAGUUAUCAUUGCGACAUGGAGAGAGAUUGUCAAGACGGUAGUGACGAGAUAGGUUGUUCACCAGUAUAUAUUACCAAACCACCACAGGCAAUGGUAGUUCUCUCACCUGGUGAAACAAUGACUCUCACCUGCACAGCAAUUGGUGUUCCAACACCCGAGAUUAAUUGGAGAUUGAACUGGGGUCAUGUACCAGCAAAAUGUUACUCUACCUCUGUCAAUGGUACUGGUACUCUCACCUGCCCCGAUAUUAGUAUUUCCGAUCAAGGAGCCUACUCCUGUGAAGGUAUCAACGCUGCUGGCUUUGUAUUCGCCAUUCCUGACUGUAUUCUCGUCGUGAAAGACACACCAACUGUUUGCCCGAGAGGAACAUUCAAUUCUCUAGCCAGGAGGCCUGAAGACUGCAUACCUUGCUUCUGUUUUGGAGUUGUUGACGAAUGCAGAAGUGCUAAUUUAUUUACUUAUCAAAUUCCUCCGCCUUUUGAUAGACACAGAGCGCUGAAUGUUGAUACCAAUCGGCUGAGAAUCAGUGGAGAAUUGCCAAGUCAGGUUGCGGAAAUUAGACCACGUGGAAGGGAUGGAGUUGAAAUUAUUGUUCCUUAUACUGACAAUCUUGCAUUACAUUCUCGAUCUGCCUAUGAUAUACCGUAUUUUGCCCUUCCUGAAGCGUAUCUUGGCUCUCAGUUGUUGUCUUAUGGCGGGUACCUCAAAUAUGAUGUGCGGUACAGUGGAAAUGGAAGGAAUAAUAGUGCACCCAGUGUUAUUAUAAUGGGAACUAACAGAACUCUAAUUCAUCGAGGAAGAAAUAUUUUGCCGGACAGAGUAACUGAACAGUCUGUGAGGUUCUUUUAUGGUGAUUGGUACAAGAUGGAACAUGGAAGGGAAAUUCCAGCUACUAGAGAGGAUAUAAUGAUGGUUCUAUCAUAUGUGGAUAACAUUCUUAUUAAGGCUAAAUACGAGACAAGUCCUCAGUUGGAUGUAUCCAUCACUGAUAUUACGAUGGACUCUGCUCACGACACUGGAUCUGAAGUCGCUUCCUUCGUAGAGGAGUGUUCCUGCCCAUCGGGAUACUCUGGACACUCCUGUCAAAGCUGUGCCCCCGGUUUUCUCAGGCGUUCGGGCGGUCUUUGGCUUGGGGAGUGCUACAGGGAUGAACCUCCCUGUCCACCUGGUUACUAUGGGGAUCCGUCGAGAAAUAUUGAGUGCAAACUCUGCCCCUGUCCUUUGACUAAUCCAGCAAAUCAGUUUACAAGAACUUGUCGUCUUGGCUCUCAUAUGCGGCCAAUUUGCCAAUGUCCACCUGGAUACGAUGGAGAACGUUGUGAGAAAUGUGCAGAUGGUUAUCAUGGAAAUCCUCUCAUACCUGGAGAUAUGUGUGUUCAGGAUUCUAUCUGUGACCCACGGGGAAGUCUCUCAGCAACCGCUGAUGUUGAUGGAAAAUGUAGAUGCAAGCCAUCUGUUACUGGAUUAACUUGUGAUCAAUGCAAGCCCAAUACUUUCAAUCUGGCACCCGAAAAUCAAUUUGGAUGCAUCAGCUGUUUCUGCAUGGGCAUCACCAACAAAUGUUCUGAAUCCAAUUGGUACAGGAGUGAGAUACACGUAUCAUUUACUAAUUCCAUUCGGGAAUUCUCUUUGCUCGAGUCUCUGAAUCCUGAUUCACCUCAAAUCUCUACAGGCAUUCACUUGGAUCCCACUCGAAGAGAAAUCAUCUACUCUGACUUUCCCAAUCGUGGUAAUGGUGACGUCUAUUAUUGGCAGUUACCCUCGAUCUUCCUUGGCGACCAAGUCACCGCCUACGGUGGUAAUCUGCAGUACACAGUGCGCUACGUACCUUUACCUGGUGGUCAAAGCUCCAGGAACAAUGCGCCUGAUGUAGAGUUAGUCUCGGCUAACGACAUCAAUCUACUGUACUAUUCCCGAGAGUCCCCGGAGCCCAGUACCAAUCAGUCCUUUGUGGUUCCACUCCUUGAGCAGUUUUGGCAGAGGAUUGAUGGCACUCAAGCCGACAGGGAACACCUGCUAAUGGCCUUGGCUGACGUUAAAGCCAUUAAAAUCAAGGCGACCUAUACAACUCAUACCGCUGAAGCAGCUCUAGCUCAUGUGUCAUUAGAUACUGCUGAAAAAUAUAAUACUGGGAAGAAAAAAGCUGUUGAAGUUGAGGAGUGUAGCUGUCCUGUUGGAUAUACUGGGCUGUCUUGUGAGGAUUGUGCUCCAGGCUACACGCGAGCCAGUGAGGGACUUUAUCUAGGAAUUUGCGAGCCAUGCAACUGCAAUGGACACUCCACCCAGUGUGAUCCUGGGACUGGAGUCUGUGAGAACUGCGCAAAUCAUACAACUGGAGAAAAUUGUGAGCUCUGCGAGGCAGGAUACACCGGUGAUCCAUUGAGGGGAGGCUGCCAAUACCAAGGAAACAGGCCUGAAGAGUGUAACUGCAACCCAGCCGGAUCUACCUCCAGCCAAUGCAUCAAUGGUCGUUGUCAAUGUAAGGUAAAUGUGGAAGGACCCAACUGCAACAGAUGUCGUCCUGCUACAUUUGGACUAACAUCCAGCAAUCCAUAUGGGUGCAAUCAAUGCUUCUGCAGUGGAGUCACUGAUCAGUGUCAUGAGAGCUCGCUCUACAUCCAACAAAUACCUUCUUGGGUAUAUGAUUCUAGACACGGAUUUACACUUACUGAUGCAUCCCGGAAAGAUGUAAUUGAUGAUGCAUUUGAAAUUGAUGUGGCUAUGAAUGAGAUUGGAUAUCACUACAAUCCUUCCACCAAAAAUAGAAGGCUCUUUUGGAGUUUACCUAGCACCUUCACCGGCAACAAAAUCAAAAGUUAUGGAGGAAAUCUCACCUUGACACAGAGAUUUAAGGCGGAAGAAGGGGCCAAGAGUAUUGUUGAUCAGGAUGUUAUGCUUCUUGGUAAUGGCAUCUCACUCUUUUGGACUAAUUCAAUCAGCGUGUAUCCAGAUGCUCAUAUAACAUAUUCAGUACCUCUUAGAGAAUCUGAAUGGCGCAGGCUUUCAUCGGACGGUCCAAGACAACCCUCAAGAACUGACAUGAUGACAGUGCUCUCGAACCUCGAGGCAAUUCUCGUUCGAGCGACUUACAGUGAAGGAAUGAUCAGUACUUACAUCAGUGACAUUAGUCUUGACACGGCGGUUGAACACCUCACUGGCAAGACUAGAGCUACGCAGAUUGAGAGCUGUCGUUGUCCUCUGGGUUACACUGGCACUUCCUGUGAAUCAUGCUCACGAGGAUAUUAUCGCGAUAUCACUGACAGAUCUGUGAGUGCUCUUGGUUCUUGCAAUGCCUGCCCUUGUAAUGACCACGAAGAAAGCUGUGAAAUGCACAGGGGAGGACACAUCAAGUGUCACUGUCUUUCCGGUUAUACUGGGCCUUAUUGUCAGGAUAUUGCUGAACUACGGGUAGGUCUAAUGCCGAUGCAUGCCGAAGCUCCAAGGAACACUGAAAUCGACAUGAAAUGUUCAUACAAUCAUGGACAGAAAUUAUACAUUUACUUUAAAUUGUCCUCCUACAAUGGCUUACCAUUAACUGCUUGGGCACUCGAGCCAGGACCACUUGUAGAGACUGACAAUGAGGCUUAUAGAUUCUGGAAGGUGCAUGUAGGACAGCAUCCGUGUAUCGUAGAGUGUUCCAUUCUGGAUCACCAUGGACAGACAUUAGCCCUGAUAACGACAACAGUGGCACCAGUGGAUUAUCGACCUUCAACUCCACGGCCAGGCCAUGACCCCUCACCCCCACGAAUUUCCGUCUCCAUUCAGGAGGACAAACUGCGAAUUGUUCAUGUGGGCAGCACUGUGAGGUAUCAGUGCACAGGAAAAUCAUUGGAUAAUAAUCAAGUUCGUAUACGAUGGGAGAAAGAAGGUGGAAGACUACCAGAUCGCAGUUCGGAUGACGCUCAUGGACUCCUCGUUAUUCGGGAUGUUAAAGUAUCAGACAGUGGUGUUUACAUUUGUCAUGCUACUGACGGCGUUAACAUCGCCGAUCAGAGAGUUACUCUCACGGUUGGAGCUGCCAAUCGAAUCGAACCAAAGCCCCACAUUCGGCCUGCAUAUCGAGAAGUUCGUGAAGGUGAACCCGUUGAGUUCCAUUGUGAAGCCUCUGGCAAUCCUCAACCCCAACUGGAAUGGAUACGCGUCCAAGGUCAAAUGAAUCCAGAGGCAACAUUCGAAAAUGGAGUCUGGAGGAUACCAGCAGCGACGAAAGCCGAUGCGGCUGAGUACAAGUGCAUUGCUAGAAAUGAAUUGGGUGUUCGGGAGCAGACCACUAUUUUGUAUGUGAUUAACAAUCCCAACAAACCACCAGCUAAGAUUUAUCCUGAUGUUGGACCUACAAUAACACCCCAAGAGUGGACGGGAUCCAGUGGGGAUACUAUCAGAAUGGUCUGUACUAGAUCAAACUACCAUAAGACUGUCCACUGGACGAGAUCGGGGGGACUGUCGUUGCCUGCCUCAGCUAGUCAAACAGAUGGAAUAUUAACUAUUACCAAUCCUGGACCUGCGGAUUCAGGAAUUUACAUAUGCGUGGCAACGAGCGUCCAAGGAACAGAGUCCUCUACCACCUCCAGAAUCACGAUCCAUCCCCGUCGUAAUCCUCCAGUGAUUAAAGUCGAGCCCGAAAAGCAAACAGUCUCCCAGGGCACAGGUGCAGAAGUCAAAUGUCUAAUUAACGAUCAAAACUCAAACAUCGAAGUGAAAUGGCUGAAGCACGGAGAGAGUACAUUAGGGCCCCGAGCUCAGCAAUAUGGUAAUACCCUGAAGAUCGUUCGUCCCCAGGUAUCAGAUCGAGGUGUCUAUAUUUGUCGAGCAACAAAUGCAGCUGGUGUUUUCGAGGCAUCUGCGAUAAUUGAAGUGUCCCCUCGAGAACUUCCUGCACUUGAAAUCUAUCCUCAGAAUCUUCAGCCCGUUAUUCUUGGAGGAUCAGCUGAUCUCCAAUGUCGAGUAAUCGCAGGUCAUCCCGCUCCUGAGGUCACUUGGUCCCGUCAAGACCGCCGACCUUUUGGAUACAACAUCGUGAGUCUUCCAGGAGGUCUCCUUCGUCUCAUCAAUAUCACUAUUAAUGAUGGAGGCGGUUAUCAAUGUACAGCGAGCAAUGAAGUUGGAUCAACCUCUGCUAUAGCUCAACUCGAAGUCCAGUCCAUUCCAGUUAUCACAAUUACACCAAAUACCGGAAUAAUCAGAGUUAGAGAAAACGAGAGAGUAAGAUUAACCUGCACUGCUGAGGGAUAUCCCCAACCGAGCAUAGUAUGGAACAAACAUGGCCAGAAUUAUCAGCCUGUUUAUAACUCAUUCCCAUCGCCUCACGCUGCUCCACUCUCGGCUAUUCACGAAAUAGUCUCAAUGUCUCGUAAUGAUGAAGGUUCGUACACAUGUCAAGCUGUCAAUACAGCCGGAGUUUCGGAAGAACGAGUUCAAUUAAGAAUAGAAGACGACGACAAUAGUGUAGACGAGUAUCCACCCUGCAGAGGUGAUCAACCCUGUAAUAGACCUGAACGUCCAGUCUCUCCAAGCGGAACAGGAGUGAGUAUCCCUGAAGAUUACGUUAGGAUUCCUAUAGGCGGCAAGGUGGAGAUAAGAUGCCAAGUAAUUGGUCCUAACGACUCGCGAAUUUACCUCGACUGGAUUAGAUCAGAUCGCCGAGCCUUGCCAAUAGGCAGCACAGUAUAUCGCGGAGUAUUGACUAUCCCGAACGUAGGCAGAGACGCAGUUGGAGAAUACAUCUGUCGCGGUUUGGAUAAGGAUAAUACUGAGUUGUUCAGAGCCAAGAGUCAUUUGGAAGUCAUAUCAUUACCCAGAAUUGAGUUGAAUCCCAGCACUCAGACAGUUGCCCCUGGAGAGAGUCCGUCAAUAGUUUGUACAGCCACUGGGGAUCAACCUCUGACCAUUCAAUGGAGCUCUAUCGGUAGGCAACUGCCUUCCAGUGUUACUGAUGACAAUGGAGUUUUAAGAUUCCACGGUAUCACGUACACUGAUGCUGGAAAAUAUGUGUGUAAAGCAACAAAUUCAGCUGGAACUGCCGAAGCUGUUGCUGAAGUACUUGUCAAUGCUGAAAUCUACAGAGAUCCUGGCAUCAGAGCUGUCGAACGGGAUAUUAAUGCAGUCGCAGGGACGUCCAUAAAACUGAGAUGUGAUACCAGAGAGAGGGUGCAGAUUCACUGGAUGAGAGAGAAUAUGCACCUGCCGAGAAAUGCUCGUAUACAGAACAAUCAGUUGCAACUGGAGAGAGUCAGACCGGAGGACAGUGGACGAUACAUCUGUCAAAUUACCAAUGACAAAGGAGGAGUCUCCAGCGAUUACGUUAAUGUCCACGUCUCACUAGUUAAUCCGCUUCCGGAUUGCAUGCCAAUGUACCAUACGGUACAGUGUGUCAACGGGCUGUACCUGUGCAGAAGCCAAGAGUGCAUAACAUUGGAUAAUAUUUGUGACGGCUAUGCACACUGCAGCGAUGCAUCUGAUGAACGUUACUGCAGGAUCACGCAAUGCCGACAAUAUCUGCAACGACGACGCGCACCGGCAGGGCCAGUAGUUCACAUAGAACCGUCCACUGAUGUUGUCAAUAUUGGAGAUACAUUUGAUCUUCGUUGCAUAUUCUCUUCGAGACAAACGGAAAUCCCUACGUACAGGUGGUACAAGGCGGAGGAUGGAUCACUUCCGGCUACUGCGCAAGUCUAUGAGGAUAAAUUGAGGAUUGUUAAUGUCCAGAUGACGGAUAGUGGAGUUUACAAAUGUCGAGUUGAUACACCUGAAGGGAACUUUGAGCAGGAUUAUAAUCUUAUUGUCCAAGGUGGUGAAAAUGACGAACCAGCAAUUGAAAUGAAGAGUGUUCCUUACGGCGCCAGCAUAGAGAUGGACUGUCGUGUUGACUUUGAUGGGCCCAUAACAUAUAAAUGGAGCAAGCUUAAUGGUAUGCUUCCAGAAGCCUUCACAUACCAAAAUAAGUUGAAAUUGAUGAAAGUUCGUGCGGAAGAUGCGGGCACGUACAUUUGCACAGCAUCAAAUGGCCCUGCAACAUCGGAAGUACCAACAGUUCUCGUUGUCACUGGGGUUGUACCCCACUUUAAUCAGGCACCUCUUAGUUACAUCGCACUGAGGCCCCUUCAUGAUUCUUACGGAAAACAUAAUAUCGAAGUGUCAUUCAAGUCAGAGAGCUACGAUGGUAUUAUUAUGUAUAAUGCCGAAUCUUCUGAUGGUAAUGGAGACUAUGUCAUUCUGUUUUUGAGCGAAGGAUUCCCUGAAUUCAGAUUUAACUUGGGCUCUGGACCAGCCAUAAUUCGAGCUCGAAAACCCAUAACCUUGGGUGAAUGGCACACAGUGAAACUCCAACGUAUCAAUAAAAAUGGAUUAAUGCUUGUCGAUGGAGAGGGCCCUUACAAAGGCAUUGCCGGCGGUAGACGAGAAAAGUUGGACGUUAAAGAGCCACUUUACAUCGGAGGUGUGCCCGAUCACGUCAUGUUAAAUCCCAGUACAGAAGCCAAACGCAUCGGUUUCGUCGGUUGUGUAUCAAGAAUUGUCGUCGAGGAUGAGACCAUUGAUCUCAUUGGAAAUCAAACAGACAGCGAUGGAGUUACAACUUGCGAAACGUGCGCUGAAAAUCCGUGCCAUAAUUCUGGAGUAUGUCAGGAGGCGCCAACCAAGGAGGGAUACUCUUGUCUUUGUCGGGCAGGAUAUACAGGGACGCACUGCGAUUUUAAUGGGCAGUCAUGUCACCCAGAUGCUUGUGGUCCUGGCAGUUGCAUGAACACUGACAAUGGUUUCAAGUGCCACUGCCCAGAGGGUACAUAUGGAUCGCGCUGUGAACACUCGGGUCAAGUUCAUCAGCCGGCAUUCAGAAAUUCUCGUUCUUUUCUUGCUUACCAAUCACCACACAAAAGCGCGAGGCGAACACAUCUGAGAAGUACCAAUCACUCGAAACGAUCCUACGAGGGAUACUUGGAGAAACUUAAGAAAGAAAGAGCAUUAAAUCCAAAAAAACACCCCAAGCACCAUUCUAAAUAUUAGAGUUUUUAUUAUCAAUGAUCAGUUAUGCUAAACUAAAUAUUAGUUCUAUUCAAUUCUCUGUUUAUGUUUCGUACUGCCAGUAAAGUCUGCCUCACUGGAAAUUAUCUUCCAAAUGUGGUGCUGAACUUGAUAAGAAAUUGCUAAUUAAUUAUAUUGUUUUUGUACAGCUUUUUAAUUGAGAAAAUUGAUUUUUUAACUCAGCUUCCUAAGUCAAUAUAAAUAUAUUAAUUAAUAGAUGAAGAGUAAAUUUAUAAAAUUCUGGAUGAAGCGUUAGAGGGACGUUUAGUCUCUGCCGUUUUGCCUUUAACCACCAAUGUAGUUCGUCCGGGGGCGUUAAGGCUUGAACACCAUAAUUGUUCACUAUGACAUGCUAUUGACAAAAGCUUAUGUUUAAGAAAAAUGUGUUUGCGUUGUCUGUGUAUACAAUAUUUACUUAAUUCGAGGGGAAAGAGGAGAUAUUAAGUAACAGAAUGUUAGUUCAGAUAUUAUUAUAUUUUCAGCGAACAAAUAAAAAUUCAUAUGACAAUUUUAUUGCUUUAA